CGCUCCAGGCCCCGCCCCUCCCUCUCCUCCCUCCCGCUCCCUUUGCGGUUCCUGCGGACCCCGCUGCGGCGACACCCGGAGACCCCAAGCUGCGGCGCCCGGCAUGCCGUCUUCUGUGAAGGCGUUGGGUCAAGCCAGGCCCCCGGGUGCCAGUAUGGCCCCCCAGGCCCACUGCUGCUCCCCUGCAGCUGUGCAGAGGCGGCUGCCCAUCCUGGCUUGGCUGCCGGACUACUCCCUGCAGUGGCUGAAGAUGGACUUCAUCGCUGGACUCUCGGUUGGGCUCACAGUCAUUCCCCAGGCGCUGGCCUAUGCUGAGGUGGCUGGACUCCCGCCCCAGUACGGCCUCUACUCUGCCUUCACGGGAUGCUUCGUGUAUUUCUUCUUGGGCACCUCCCGGGAUGUGACGCUGGGCCCAACGGCCAUCAUGUCCCUCCUGGUCUCCUUCUACACUUUCCACGAGCCCGCCUAUGCUGUGCUGCUGGCCUUCCUGUCUGGCUGCAUCCAGUUAGCCAUGGGCUUCCUGCGCUUGGGUUUUCUGCUGGACUUCAUCUCCUGCCCUAUCAUCAAGGGUUUCACAUCCGCUGCCACCAUCACCAUCGGCUUCGGGCAGAUCAAGAACCUCCUGGGACUGCAAGAUAUCCCGAGACAGUUUCUCCUGCAAGUGUAUCAGACCUUCCGCAAGGUCGGAGAGACCAGGGUGGGCGAUGCCGUGCUGGGGCUGGUGUGCAUGGUGCUGCUGCUGCUGCUGAAGCUGAUGCGGGACCACGUACCCCCCGUGCACCCCGAGAUGCCCCCGGGCGUGCGGCUCAGCCACGGGCUGGUUUGGACUGCCACCACAGCCCGCAAUGCCCUGGUCGUCUCCUUUGCUGCCCUGGUCGCAUACUCCUUCGAGGUGACCGGAUACCAGCCUUUCGUUCUAACGGGGAAGACCACCGAGGGGCUCCCUCCAGUCCGGAUUCCGCCCUUCUCAGUGACCACGGCCAAUGGGACAGUUUCCUUCACCGAGAUGGUACAGGACAUGGGUGCUGGCCUGGCCGUGGUGCCCCUGGUGGGUCUCCUGGAGAGCAUCGCAGUGGCCAAGUCCUUCGGUAAGAUGCCCGCCGUCGGGGCCUCCUGGUGGUGUCCCGGAGCCGGCCUUGCCUGCCUGCUCUCUUGCUUGCUCUUACCUGCUUUGGUUUUUAACAGCUUGAGUUUUUAUCCAAGUAACACAUGCUCGUGUUUUUAACAAAAAAACGUGUAGUAAAAGUGGAUUUAUGACAAAAACCCCCAUCUAGGGG